AUGGACGGUAGUUCGGAAGAGACCGUCAACGGCCGGCGGGCAUCGUUCGGCGGCCAACAGCAUAACCGUGGCGACAAUGGUUGCCGCAGGGUGUACAGAGGAUCGAAAUUUCGGUCAGACGAAUGCGGCGGAAAAUCGGAGGCCGGUACGCGGGACAGGCGCCCGUACCGCUUCAGUCCGUACGCGAAGGUAAGAAACGCACGCGAGUUAUCCGAAAUUUGCCGUACUUGCCGUAUUUUUUAUUCGGAAUACCUGUUAACGUCGUUUUGUUGCGAUAAAUCGCCGCCGAAGUCGCUUUUGACCGAACAAACGAAAUAUUAUACUCACGAGCCGUGCACGACCGAUGGCAAAUCCCAGGACAAAUUUGUUAUCGAAUUUAAAACAGAUUAUAAUUAGUACACGCCGCACUUGUUUUAGAAUAACCACUAUUUUAUACUUACGUUACCGGCAAAUUUAAUAUUUCAGUAUUUGUUCGAUACCUAUCAUACCAUUUUCAUAUAAAAGUAAAAUAUUUUAAUUUAUUUCUAUUACAGGGUGACAUGAAUGCACCAGAGCGUGGAACGCUGUGUAAUGUGCAACAAAUAAAAAAAACGUCAAACGCACUUCCCGACAAAAAUCUCAAAAUACAUUUGUCUAACAUAAACUUUAGAGUCACGGUUGGAAAAAUACAGGUUGGAUUAGUAAUUACAACAUGACAAAUUAUUUUCGAUAUUUUUUUUCUUUACUCACGUUCUCAAAUGCUUGUUAAAUAUAUUUGUCUAACUUGCAAUUUCUCCCUUGCCGUUGUGUCACCGGUUGUCAUAUUAUUAUAUUUGGUUAAAGUCCGUAGAAUAAAUAAAUAAAUUUGUUUUAGUUCUUUGAUUAUUCUAUUUAAUGAUUUGAUCGUCAAUCUGCAGUGGCGUAUUUAGGAUUUUGCCAAUAAGGAGCGAGAUAUUGAAUUUGGAAAUAUUGUACAAUACCUGUGUACCUAGAGUAAAAUAAAUAAAAAAAGAUCCAAUUUUAAUAUUUUUUUGUAAGCAAUUUAUAAUUCGAUUAAUCAAUAACCAUUGAAAUAUUAUAGCAAUUAUGAUUAUUAAUUAGUUUGUUUAUACUAUUCUAAGAAUAAGGAGAAGAAGAAUGUUCUUUAUACCAAAGCGGUUCGGACAGGUAACGUUUUUAACAAGGAAACGUACGUACGUUCAAGCUUUUUUUGAUUUAUUUACAUGGUGCCAACACAAUUUUUAUUUUUUUUUCUAAAAAGUAAAGAAAUUCGAAUUUAAUUUAUACGUAUAAAUAAUAGCUACUAAAAAAAAUAUCAACGGGGGAGAUUUAUCUCCCUGUACUCCUCCGGUAAAUACGCCACUGAUCUAUGGCCUAAUAAUAUUAUGUAUUUACGAAAGUGUUAAUAAGCAUCAUAAUAGUUUAUUUUUGGUUGUCAUCAAGACAAUUUUCGUAUCACUAAAUCAGUCUUCCGAAACUUCAUUUUACGUUAUUGCAUAUUUUCUCCUUAUAGUUUAUAUAGUAGCAUCUGUGACUUGUUAAGUAUUCUAAACUAUUUGAAUAUCUGUCCGAUGUUAUGAAAUAAAUUCAUUUUUAAUAAAAAAUAUAUGUUUAAAGGAUAUAUUUUACAAAUUCGGGCCACUAAAGUCAGUGGACUUUCACUAUGACCAAUGUGGUAAAUUUUUGAGAACAGCCAGUGUGAGGUUUGAAAACUCUGAAUUAAAGUCAUUUCAAGAAUGGUAUAACGUACCCUUCAACGGUAUUUAUACAAUACAAAUAUUUUCUAAUACGUAAAUAAUAUAAUUAUGUUUUAUUGUUUAAUUAAUCGACUAUUUUAGAUCGUCGUAUGAAAAUAAAAAUCGACAAUCUUUUGAACAUUAUGAAUUAUAAUUUAUAUCUCAGUAGAUCAGCAACAAUUUCCGAAAGAAAUACUCGUGGAGAUGGUAUGUAACUGCUUAUAUUUUAAUAUGUUUUUGAAUUCUGACUGGGCCGAGGAAUGUAUUGGUUUUGUUAUGAAUUUUAUUUUUUUUUAUGUGAACACUUUCUACCAGAAAGCUUAUGCCGAUUAUCAAGUAUAACACCUAUUCUGAAAGGAAAAGUCCUCCGGGCGGUACUUUUAAAGAGUUUAUUAUUUGAAAUUCUCAUUAAUCUUUGACCCAGGGUUUUUAAAAAAAGAUUGAAAGAUUAAAAAUAAGGCAAUCGUUUUUAUUUAUUUUGUGUUGUUAUUGAGUUUUUAUUAUUUUAAUUUUUUAAACAACCAUUGUUGUCGUGGAAACGUACAUUGUUGACAACGCAACAUUAUCAACUGAACUCCGCUCAGAAUCGUUUUGUUAUUGGCAACGGUUUAUCGUUGCUUACAGAUAUACAUUAAAUUCCCUUUAGUAUUCUACCAUCCCACCUUCCCACCUACAUCAAUGGCUGCACCCAUGUGCGAUGUAUGUCCGUGUUUUUUAUUUGUUGUUCGGUAUAACGAUAUUGCUAUUUGACGUCUGUUUUAAUAUAGGAAUUCAGCGUAGAAUUAACGUCAGAGGAUUCCGUGGAAACAAUAACCGUGGUAAAUCCAGAAGUAGUGUCCGAGAUACCGGGAAAAUUUAAAAACAAGCGCCAACCAAAGACGAAUUAUACGCUCAACUUGAUAGUUUUAUGGAACUCAAAAAUAACUGAUUAUACGUGUUUAUAUAUUUAA